CACUUUCCACAAAUUUCCCUUUGUCACAGGAAAGAUUACGUAUGCAGCCAAAGUAAAAGUAUUUAAGAGCCCACUCUGAGUCGAAUCCUCACAGCACUCCUGUCAACAAUCAGUCUUUAAUUGUUGCUAGUCUUUCUCUGGCUGCAUUAUUAUCUUUGCUGCACGUUUUCAGCACCGGUGUCAUCUUGAAAACAACAAUGUCCACCCUCAUCAAAGUGUUUCUGCUCCUGGCUGUCAUGGUCUGCAUCUCCCAGGCCCAACUCAAACAAGCAGGACAACAGUGUCUGUGUCACCGUGUCAGGAAUCGUCUCGGCAUGAAGUCUGAAAUAAAGGACGUACAGAUCUACCCAGCAACCAAAUUCUGCAACAAAGUGGAGAUUGUCGUUACCUUGAACAGUGGUCUCCGCUAUUGCUUGAACCCCGAGCUGAAGGCCGUGAAAAGACUCGUGACUAACAUCAUGGAUAAAAAGCAGAAGACCACUUCCUCCCCAGUGGAACCCUCCACAGCUGCCAAUAUAAUUUUGACGACAAACUCAUCAGACCUUCAUAUCAUUUGUAGUAUUUUUAAAGAAUAUUGCUUGAAAUUGCACAUCAGUGCAAAAUAAUCAGCAUUACUAAAAUAUGUCUCAGGGAAAUGGAAAAUAUUCAAGAAUUUUCCACUUGAAUUAGUCCUUUAACAUAAUGAAACACAGCAGCAACAUUUAGCACAUGCAAACAGCACAGCACAGCCAGUCACACACAGUCCUGCUAUACAUAACAAGAGGUAGAGGCUAAAGAAGACAAAAUCAAACAAACAAACAAGACAGUUGAUUUUAAGCAGGUUUCAGUUGCUGAAAAAAAUGAUAUUCUAGAAAUAUGAAGGUAUGACACCAAAGGAUGGUUUCCCUCUUGGAGCAUGAAUGUUCCCUCUAAUUCUGAAUUUCAUUAAUUUGACCCCUGAGAUGAUUUUCAUUUAUUCUUUAGUCCUGCUCUAGUUAUACUUUAUUUAUACUUUUUACUUAUAUAUUUAAUUAGUCCCUUCAGGAUUUUACUCUCUGUAUUCCACUUUGUCCUCCUCCCAUGUUAAGUUUAUUCAUGUGUAAGCAUUUCCCUGCUGCAGUUGUUGUUAUUCAUGUCCCACUUUAGUUUUGUAAUAAUUUGUCUUCUGUGUUUCAUGUUUAAUUUUACUUCACGUCCUAGCUCAUUGCCAUUGUCUUCAACUGUGUGAUUACCUUGUGUCUGUUUAUCCUCCUGUUUUCAAUCUCCUGACAUGUGUGUAUAAAUAGUCCUGUCUAUGAUCCAUUUGGCAAAAUAAAUCCAUUUGGUAUCCUUGUUGGUCUUCAGACAACAAUUCUGACGGCUUAAGAACCAAAUGGGACAGACAAAAAAAAUUAAAAAUAAAUAAAUAAAUAAAUAAAUAGUCCUG